CUGUCUGUCUGUCUGUCUGCCCGUCUGUCUGUCUGAGAUAGAGCUUUUCAAAUAUGGAAGAAUUCCUAUGUGGAAUCAAAAGCUUUUCGUUUAAUCAACUCCUCUCUAAGUGACUGACUUUAACCUCAUUUCAUCCCCGCAAUGUUGCAUGUCUUGCUAUCUUGCUGUUCUUCUAAUCUUGAAAGCUGGAUGCCUUUCCCACUUCCUCUCCUCGCUUCACAAGAUAAUGCCUUGAUAUCUAAAGCGAGAGGUAAAUGUCCGACAGUAAAGCGAUGAGUUCAUAAUUUAAUUAUGAUUUCUUCAAGUUUUGGAGCCUUACGCUAUGAAGAAACGAGGGACAACAUUGAACUUAUGACGAUUACCGAUAACCAUUGUACAGUGAUAAUAUGAAUGUAAUAAAUGGCAAAUUAAUCAGACUGCGGUGCACCGUCCCUGCCUGGGUACCGAGAAUGAAAGGAGUUAAGAUAGCAAGAAAUCAGUCAGUUAUUCUCAGUUUCUCGCCCAGAGAGUGACAGUGAAUACGCUCAGAUUGUAUUGUGUAACCUAACACUUCAGAUCAAUCACUACCAUUACUGCCAUCACCAUCAAUACCAUCACCCACCUCAAGAGUAACAGCAGCAAUAACAACAGAACCAACAGGGCAAGCAGAGGCAUCACCAUCAGCGUAGCGAAGAAGAAAACCACCUUUAGCAUCACCUCUUGCAACAUAACAAACCGCAACAGCAGCAGCAAAAGUCACAGCAGGUGCAGCAGCAUGCAGAGCGAAGCCCCUCCCUGCAGCAAGGUGCCCACAGUGGACGUGGGUGACCUAAGCGCGCACCACGCAGAGGAGCCCUGCCAGCAGGAGUGGGAGCGCGUGACGCGGGAGCUGGAGCAGGCAUUCAGUAAUGUAGGAUGUGCCUACCUCACCGGCCACGGCGUGCCUGACCACCUGAUCAAUGAAGUGCUGUCCGCUGGUGUUGCUUUCUUCAAGCAGCAAGAAGAGGAUAAGGUCCGUUGGGUUGAAGAUACUAGUAUACAUGGGUACAUCAAGAUGAAAUCUGAAAGAUAUGCUGGAACAUGUCCUCAGCUGCAUGAAAGCUUCCUCGCUAAGCCAGACAGUUACAGCUCAUGCGAUAAGGAAGCCCCACCAUUCAUGACGCCUUUAGCGUCUCUGCAUGAGUUGUAUCACACACUCUAUGAGAGAGUGAUGACCUGCCUCGCCCUCAGUCUGGGAAAGAAUCGGGAUUACUUCAUUAACAUGCACCAGGAGAACGAUAUAAAGAAAAAUUUCAGCGUUUACCGUUUGAACUAUUACCCACUCACCUCUGGUGGUCGAGACGACGUGACUGGAUUUGGUGCUCAUGCUGAUUUCACUACUGUAACCUUUCUUUUCAGCAAUGACUCGCAAGGUUUCCAGAUGCUUGACUCAGCUGGGCAGUGGAUGGACGUGCCCUACGUUCCCGGCACCAUAUUGUUGAUGGCGGGGGAAUUCCUCCACUUCUACUCCUACAAAAAGUUCAAAGCACCGAUGCACCGCGUCGUUGUGCCCAGCGAACACCAGCCCGGACAACCAUAUCGCUGCUCAUUGAUUAGAUUCGAACAAGCUGACUUGCAUCAUCCCAUGUGGCCUGCCAGUGAAGACCCCGCCAGUCCUGCUCCGCCGAGCGUCAAAGACUACUUUAUGUCAAAGCGAAUAAAGCGAGUAGAAUAAAGUCUAAGAAAGGAGAGAUAAAUUGUUGGAACAGGCAUAAUCUUUGGCGAUAGGUAUUGUUUUGUUUAGGUAUUUCUAAUGUGUCUAACUUUAGCUAAAAACUCUACCUUGGAUGAUUCAGGGCUUGUUCUUCCCUCUCCUUAUGCUCUGCGACUACUUCACAGUGGUGUUUUCCAUGCUCUCGCCGGCCUUAAUUCUCGGAAGGCUGAUCACCCGCACCUUACUUUUCGUAUCUACUGCUGCUGGUGAACAGGAGCUACAAGGGUUACACAUUUGAAAGGCUCAUCUAUCUGCUUCCCCUCAGCGGAAAUCGAACUUGGAUUCUCUCGAUUGUGAACUACGGUACCCAGUGUGUGUGUGUGUGUGUGUGUGUGUGUGUGUGUGCGUGCGCUACAUGCUUCUAAUGUUUUAUAAAUUUGUUUAAUGUUUUCAGUGUAUUAUUAGUUUAUUAGAUCAAGCUCUUAUUAUUGGAUUUCUGCUUUGUAUUAAAUGGUAACGAUAAAAUGUGUGUGUGUGUGUGUGUGUGUGUGUGUGUGUGUGUGUGUGUGUGUGUGUGUGUGUGUGUGUGUGUGUGUGUGUGUGUGUGUGUGUGAUAGCGCAUUAUGUAGUUUCAGUAGUAUUAAAUAAUGGUCAGUUACCUAUAUCACUUCCUAUUCAGUAAUGUAUUUAAAUAAAAACUACACCUAUUACUACGUU